CAUGAGGUCGGUGGCCGCUCUCCUCCUGGUGGGGAUGCUCAUCCUCUGGGCAGAACUGCCAACAGGCAGCGCCUGGUCCUGCCCACCCGUCCGCAUCACCUGCGCGCUGCACAACCCGCCGAACCGGUGCUUCAACAACCGGCAGUGCCCCCGGUUCAAGAGGUGCUGCCCCACCUUCUGUGGCAGGAAAUGCAUCUCGAAGCCAUCCGGCACGCAUAUCGUGUGAGCUCCUGCUCCCAGGACAGAUCGAGGGCCAUCUCAGCAUCCCCACGCCACCUCCGGCCCCAGCCCAUGCUCAGGCCACCUCGGCCCCAGGAUCACUCCAUAACAGCUGCUGUGCAGUGCUAUGUGCUACCUGCCUGCCCUCUCCCUCUGCUUCUCCACUGCUGGUUUACCAAAUAAAAGGCUUGUCUCAGA